GUUUGGUACUCAGAGCCAAUACAUUGUAUUCUCUACACCUUGCCAAGAAUUUCCUACACAACUUGCUAUCUAAGAGUGCAAUGGAAUUCAAAAUGACCAGACAUUUUGAUGUGGUGAAGAUCAUGCACAGCUGUGUAGCUGAACAUCAAGCUGAAACUGAAAUGAGGAAGGCGAGUUGGGGAACCACAGAAACAGAGCCAUAAAGCAGAAGCAAACAUUAAAUGUCAUGCAUAUAGCAUCAACAGACCCACAUGACAGGAAGUAAGUGCUGUCUGCAUUUUGGCCACAUAUCUUGGAUGCAACAGGCAAGAUGUAGUUAUUCACCAGAAAGAAUCAGCUGAAGUUUUCAUCUGGUGUUUAAUAAAGGAGCCAUGGCAUUUAUGAGCUACACACGAGGAAAGAGCCACAUCACCACCUCCCAUCCUUUUAAUGGCUUGGAUCCUAAAGGGUUCUUACUAAUAUUUCUGGGGCUUGCAGUGUUCAUGUCAUCUUGCCUUGCAGCAGUCUCUUUUUACUAUGUUACAGCAUUAAAAUCAGAACUAGCAAUGCUGAGCAGCAAGCUGAACUGCAGGGUCCAGACAAGGACAGCAUUUCCACAGCUCUUGAGGUCUUUGGAAAAGAGCAAAGAAGCCAAUUCCUUCAUUCCCUACUUGAAUGUAUUAGAAGGUGCUUCUAGUCAGCAAAUUUCUUCUGGACCACAUCAAAGUAGUGAAGAGAUAAUGUGGAGUGGACACAAACACAGGGGGAAAAGGUCUCCUCUGCAAGCAGGAGAAGCAGUUUUACAGUCAUGUCUUCAGUUGAUGGCUGACAGCAAGCGUGACAUUCAGCAACAUGAUGGGUCAAGUAUAGUUCCAUGGCUUCUUAGCUUUAAAAGAGGAACUGCUCUGGAAGAGCAAGGAAAUAAAAUACUUGUCAGAGAAACUGGCUUCUUUUUCAUAUAUGGUCAGGUUUUGUAUACAGAUGAAAUGUUUGCAAUGGGACAUUGGAUCCAGAGGAAAAAAGCUCAUGUAGUUGGCGAUGAUCGCAGUUUGGUUACAUUAUUUCGUUGCAUCCAAAACAUGCCUCUCACUAAUCCUAACAACUCUUGUUAUACUGCUGGUAUUGCAAAAUUAGAAGAAGGGGACGAGCUUCAGCUCACCAUUCCACGGAUAGGAGCCAAGAUAGUCUUGAAUGGAGAUGCCACUUUUUUUGGUGCAGUCAGACUUCUGUGAAGCUCUUCGUUGUUCAUUGUACAAAGGGUCGGAUCUGUUGUGUGUUUCAUUUU